UUCCCCCUUUCCCUUUUUUUCCCCUUUCCUCUCCCUUUCCAUCGCUGCUCUCCGCACACCCCCUUCCCCAACUCCUAUUAUUAUUCUCCUUCCUGGUGUUAUCAGCGCUCGCAGCGAGGGCGAUGCUGCUGGGGCUGCUGUGGGUGCUGCUGGCCGCCCGGCUGCCGCCCGCACCUGCCGCCCCGCCGCCGCGCCGCCUCCCUCCCCCCGCGGCCAGCGGCGCGGUGCGGCGCCUCGACCGAACCUACGCCGGGGGCGGCCGGGCCGGCUACGUGCUGUACGCCGCGGGCAGGCGCUUUCUCCUCGACCUGGAGCAGAGCGACGGGGCGGCCGGGGAGCGGCCGGGAGCCCCGUCGAGCUGCUAUUACCGGGGCACGGUGGACGGCAACCCGCGCUCCCUCGCCGUCUUCAACCUGUGCGGCGGGCUGGACGGGUUCUUCGCCGUGGGAAGCGCCCGCUACACGGUGCGGCCGGCGCGGCGCGGCGGGGGGACGCGCAUCUACGGGGAGGGCGCACCCCGCGCCCCGCAUCUGUUCCGCAGGGAGAGCUUCAGCUUCCGAGCGCUGCCCGCCCGCACCAGCUGUGAAACCGGCGACCCCGCCGCCGCGGCGGCAGACGGGGACGAGAGGAGGAGGAGGAAGAGGAGGAGGAGGAGGCGCUCCGUGUCCCGAGCCCGGCAGGUGGAGCUGCUGUUGGUGGCCGACGCGUCCAUGGUGCGCAAGUACGGGAAGGGGCUGCAGCACUACCUGCUCACCUUAUCCUCCAUCGCCUCCCGGCUCUACGCCCACGCCAGCCUGGAGAACCACGUCAGGUUGGCCGUGGUGAAGGUGGUGGCCUUGGGCGAGAAGGAGAAAGGGUUGGAGGUCAACAGGAACGCCGCUACCACCCUCAAGAACUUCUGCAAGUGGCAGCACCAGCACAACCGCCUCGACGAUGACCACGACGAGCACUACGACGCCGCCAUCCUCUUCACCCGUGAGGAUUUAUGUGGGCAUCAUUCAUGUGAUACUCUGGGAAUGGCAGAUGUUGGGACCAUAUGCUCUCCUGAGCGCAGCUGUGCAGUGAUUGAAGAUGACGGCCUCCAUGCAGCUUUUACAGUGGCUCACGAAAUUGGGCACUUGCUUGGACUUUCCCAUGAUGACUCCAAAUUUUGUGAGGAGAACUUUGGCUCCAUGGAAGACAAACGCCUGAUGUCCUCCAUUCUGACUAGCAUUGAUGCUUCAAAACCCUGGUCCAAAUGCACUUCAGCAACUAUAACAGAAUUUUUCGAUGAUGGUCAUGGUAACUGUUUGCUGGACCAACCGAGAAAGCAGAUCAUGGGCCCUGAGGAGCUUCCAGGACAAACCUAUGAUGCCAUUCGUCAAUGCAAACUGGCAUUUGGACCUGAAUACACAGUGUGUCCCGGCAUGGAUGUGUGCUCUCGCCUCUGGUGUGCAGUUGUUCGCCAAGGUCAGAUGGUAUGUCUGACUAAGAAGCUGCCUGCUGUGGAGGGAACACCAUGUGGAAAAGGGAGGAUCUGCCUCCAGGGAAAAUGUGUUGACAAAACCAAGAAGAAAUACUACUCAGCUUCAAGCCAUGGUAACUGGGGGUCCUGGGGACCUUGGGGACAGUGCUCCCGUACCUGUGGCGGAGGAGUUCAGUUUGCUUAUCGUCACUGCAAUAACCCAGCUCCUAGAAAUAAUGGCCGGUACUGCACUGGCAAGAGGGCCAUCUAUCGCUCCUGCAACAUCACGCCCUGCCCAGCAAAUGCUAAAUCUUUUCGACAAGAGCAGUGUGAAGCAAGGAAUGGCUAUCAGUCUGACUCAAAGGGUGUCAAGACAUUUGUUGAAUGGGUCCCCAAGUAUGCUGGAGUACUUCCCGGAGACGUUUGCAAGCUCACCUGCCGAGCCAAAGGAACUGGCUAUUAUGUGGUAUUUUCUCAGAAGGUAACUGAUGGUACAGAAUGUCGACCCUACAGUAAUUCAGUCUGCAUCCGGGGAAAAUGCAUCCGAACUGGUUGUGAUGGCAUCAUCGGUUCAAAGCUCCAGUAUGACAAAUGCGGGGUGUGUGGAGGAGACAACUCCAGCUGCACGAAAGUCAUGGGAACCUUUACCAAAAAGAGCAAGGGCUACACAGAUGUGGUGAAAAUCCCUGAAGGGGCAACCCACAUCAAAGUUCGGCAGUUCAAGACUAAGGACCAGAGCAGGUUCACUGCCUACCUGGCCCUGAAAAAGAAGAGCGGUGAGUACCUUGUCAAUGGAAAAUAUAUGAUCUCCACUUCAGAAACAAUCAUUGACAUCAAUGGGACUGUCAUGAACUACAGUGGCUGGAGUCACAAAGAUGAUUUCUUGCACGCAAUGGGACACUCUGCCACAAAAGAGGUUCUGAUUGUGCAGAUACUUGCGACUGAUCCAACUCAACCAGUGGAUGUCCGCUAUAGUUUCUUCGUGCCAAAGAAGCAAGGGCAAAUGACUAACUCUGUCACCAGCAGUGGCAGCAGCAGCAGCAAAGUAACUUCAGAGCUCAUGCAACCCCGCUGGGUUACGGGGCCUUGGCUUUCUUGUUCUCGAACAUGCGACACAGGAUGGCACACCAGGACUGUCCAGUGCAAAGAUGGGCAUGGAAAAUUGGCCAAGGGAUGUCUUCUGUCUCAAAGACCAUCAGCGUUUAAACAGUGCUUGUUGAAAAAGUGUUAACCUGUGGUUGUGAUCUUCUUUAAAAGACGUUUGGUUAAGCAUUGUUGACAUACUGAUAUUAGGUCUGCCCAGACAGAGAGAAGCAAAAGCUUCAAUGUACUUACAUACAGUCUCAAAUUAUGGGCAGAAUCUGCCUAUUUGGACCAAAUGAAGACGUGCACUGCUUUAAAUAAUAGUAGGGUGAUCUUAAUACAUCAAAAAACUAAGCAUUAAAGUUGUUAUAAGCCCUCAGUGUCUGCAAAAAUAUAAAAUAAAAUAAUGCAAAAGAAGAAAACCUAAUGAAUGGAGGAUCCUGGGAUAUUUGAAGGUCACAGAAUCAUCUCCCCCUUUUCACCUACCUCUAAUACAGUAUGUCCUUAGAAAACAUCGCAUGUAUCCAUGAUACCACAGUAGCUUAUUUUAUACUGUUCUGUAAAUAUCUUUCAUUUGGUCUGUCACUUUAUAUUACCUGAUUCUAUUAAAAAAUCAAAAGACAAACUACAUAAGCAAAGUGAUUGACCAAAGUAUAUUGGCAGCCCUUCUAGACUUGGUCCAUUCUUCAGAAGCGGCUGCAGAUGUUUUACUGGAAAAUGAAGAGCUUGCUGCUGGUUUGAAAAAGUAAUACCUUUUGGGUUUGAAAAAGGAAACACGUUAUUGUGCUAGAAGUUUCCUGACAGAGUAUCAUUCUAUGACAAAUACUCUGUUUCGGCCAAGAAAUUCUCAGAGGAGCAUUGCAGCAGCUUGCAGACCAGGGAUCCCCAUGUGUCUAUUGCUCAAAUACUAGCACCAUUAGUGACUCCUCACCAUGUGUAUGUCAGAGUGAGGAUUUGGCUGCUAGGAGGAAUUUGUGUACUCUUUGCUUGUAAACUUUCCACUAGUUCCAGCUGUGUCACAGCUUGGGGUCCUUGUUCUCAAUGAACAAUAGCUGCUGGCUUCUUUUUUCAUAAAACAAAGACAUACUGUAUUUUAUAGAAACUAGUUAGAGAACCAAAAAUUACAGGUAAGAUAAUCAAGUGUCUUCUGACUCAGAUAUUCUGAGGCUGUGUUCAACUGCUUUCUCUGUUACUUUCUGUAUGGCUUCCACUUUGAAUCUAACAAUGUGUAAUGUACCUACAUCUUUUGAAGAGGCUAUAAAGGUCAGAAAAACACAGCAAGAAGUUAAUAUUUUUGUUUCGUCCAUCAUGUCUAACUCUGGUAUUCGUCUUACCAGGAAAAGUUUGUAACUAUUUGACUUUUUUUUAAAUUGUUUUCUGUGUGUUUUGGGUUUUUUUUUAAAAACUACAGAAGUCAUUCAUAUUUAGUGUAUCUACCAUGUCUGGGAGAAGGAGGGAUCACUAGGAAGUCAAACCACAUCAGGAUGUGGAGGGCUUGCCCAAUAUCAAUAAGACUGUUUCCACAGUACAGGCAGUAGCUGUUAAUAGUUCUCUUUGGCAACAGCUUCUGAUUCCCAUUAUUGUCUGGUAGAAGUUCUACGACUGAAGAUGGGCAUUUCAUCUUAUGCAGGUAACAGGUGGAUGCCUGAUAGCAAUCCUGUUAAAACCGUUUCCUUUUACAUCAGCAGGCUUUGAAUUAAGCCCUAGGAUAACAGUUACCGAAAGAAGUAGUCGUCAUACGCCAAUGAAAACAGAAUCCCAUCUGUCUUUUAUUCACUCAUUCAUCCACACAGGACAGUGUGAGACAGUGGGAGGAUUUUCAGACAAGCCUCUGAGCUGUAAGUCAGUGGUACUCAGGCAGUAAAAUAAUCCAGGCUCUCCUGAAAAUCUCAGUUAUGAAAUCAGUAGAGAAGACUUGUUGGCAUAUGUAUUACGAAGGGCAGGUCUCACUCUAGGCUGACACAAACAUGUUUUUGCAACUGAGGCAUGUUUGUGUGAACUCUAAGAAAGCAUGUGAUGAUUUCAAAACAGCACAGAAUUGGUACAUCUAGUAGUAUGAAACCUGGAGAAGUAUCUAUUUUUGUACCCUGUUCUAAAUAAACAGUAACAGGGACAGGGCCUCCUUCUCUGUCCAAGUGAAUUACCAAUGAAUGUUACUAGUCAUCUUCAGCUUUCAAAAGUGAUGUGGCCUUCCUGUUAGGAGUAUUCUUAUGCAAAAUGGUGAAUCUUGAGGAAAAUUCCCCACUCAAUCUGUGAUCCCACCCUAAGAACAGCAAUCAAGGCUCUGAAUAUUUGCAGAGAUCUGGAAAGUUAAGGUUUAUGUCUUCUCUACCUGUUAACAUAAGAUCACUUAAGUGUCUUAUUUUUCCUUCAAACAAUCUAAUUUUUACACUCAUAAAUGUAUUAACAUGUUCUAGAACCUCUUAUAAAAGUUCAUAACAAUUAGAAAACAUCAUGAGAGGAAAAAUAAGGAGAUAAUAUGUCACAGCAUAGACUUAACAUUUGUCUCUGCAUACAGCUGUUGUAUUAAGUGGCGUUUGUUUUUCCUGUAUUUUAUCAUAAUAGAGACACAAUGCACAAGUAUUUGUGUUUGCAUCUUAGUAGUAAUUUAUUAUAUAUUCAACAAGAUGAGUAAAGUUUUUGGAUGCUGUUCAGGCUCCAGAAGAGCAAUACCACAUGCGGGUAUAAAUUUAAAGCUUCCUCAAAUCAAGAGUAUCUUUUUCGUAGGAAGAGUUUAUUUAUAAAAAAUAAAAAAGUGUGAGAAAGAACCACUAUAGUGAUUUUUCCCCUUUUCACUAGUGUAGUAAUGAAGAAAAUUAAGAUGCAAAAAAAGCAGUGGCCUUUAUAUGGUAAGAGGGCCAAGGGAGCAACCCUGAAAGUGUAAGAUAAACUAGGUCAUCCUGCUCUAGUUAACACUUGCUUUUUAGCUGUUCUUUGUAAUCAGACUCCAAAUCCAAACCUUGCUUUUGUUAGUCACAGCUAUCUCAUGUAGCUGAUGAAUGAAAAGUUGGUGCCAGGUAUAUGACUUUUGUCAUGUCAGCUUCUCGACUAAAUUCCUUGUCUCUCACACUGCUAUGUCAUUGUUUACAUUACUACCAAGUGUUGCCAAAUAAGAUUCCUAAAAUGCAUCUAGGGGAUCGAAACCUGGAGUAUUGCUCUUUGCAUAGAAAUCAGCAAUGCUCAGUGUUAAACUCACUGCUGACUUUUCAGGACACAUCACUAGUGUCCUUUGGUGGAUCCCGAAGCAUCGGUGCAGUUAGGGCAUCUGCUUUGCAGAUAAGACAUUCUCACUAGGAAAAAAAUCCUAUCAUCUUUGGUUUGACUGUACACAAGGAAUUGAAUUUACCUGCCCUCCUGUGGAAACAGUUUUAUCGUGAGGGGGAGAGGGAAUAGUCUUGUGGAUUAAUAACAACUGUAAAAAGAAAAAAAAAAAAAAGGCAACACAGCACUGAAAAAAAUAAAAUAAUUUAUUGUUUUUACAACUGGUAUGUGAACGGAUGUAAUGAAUUUAUUUAUUCUUAUUUAACAGAAAUACCAAUUGUGCAAAUUCUAUAUUUAAAAUGUUUUGCUAUCGUCUCUGUCUCUCUUUCUGUCUUUUAAUUUAUGCUUCAAAUUUGUGUUGAAAGUACGCCUUGUGAGUUUACAUAAUGUAUGGCACUGGUUAUUUUUUUAUGUUUUUAUUUAGAAAGCUUUCUGCAUGAAACAGGAAUAUAUGUGUAUACAUGUGUGCACACUGUACAGACGUAUAUUCUUUUUCUGCUGCCAUCUUUUCCUUAGCGAUUUUUAAUUUUGUGACACCUCAUGCUCAAAGCUCCUUGUUACACUUCACUUCCAAAAUCUCUCAACUAACAAGUCACAAUGCUCUGUGGACCCAAACCCACCCAUACCAGCUCCUAAAGAAGUCAGACAGCAGUCUUGCUUCGCACAAGUGCGUGCAAUGUGUGCCUCAGUGAUUUACCACCAAAGCUAGCAGGAGUCUUACUCUUUGCUUCAAUGGGAACAGGUUAAUGCUUGCAGUACGUAAGUCCUCUAUAUGUGAGUCAAGGAUCUGUGAUUUGCCAGGCUGUCAAGUGAGUCUUCCAUCAUGCAGCUUCUUAUGUUUAAGUGAAAAUACUGAAGAUAAACUCUUGUGUGCCUCUUUAAAAAUACAGCUGAAACAACAUAUGAUUUGGUUUAUGAAGACUGAACCUUUAAAAAAAGCUACUUUUUCAGUCUUUCCUCCAUUUAUAUACAUACAUAAAUAUAAAUAUAUGGCUAUAAAAAGUCAAGAGUCCAGUUUGGAAAGCUUUGCAAUGUUUUACUUCAUUGCAUUGGUUCUUUGCACCACAUCAGGCGUAGCCAGCCAAGCAUGUAUUCCCAGUGUUUCUUUGAAAAUAACAGUAUCUGUUUGCUUCCACUUCUUUUCCAGUCCAACUACUGCUAAACUCAAGGGAACUUGUAUUGGACCCACUGUAAACAAAAAAGAAUGCAAUAUAAACAAACCUACAGCUUUCCUACAGUCAGUUUAUUUGUCACAAUACAAGUGACUUAUGUAGCCACUUCAACGUAAGGGCAGUAAUACAGACUGCAAAUAAUAACUUUCAAUAGUUUGAAACAGAUCCUCCUUAUCAGUGUCCCCAUUCACAACAAAAUAAAUGCCAUCUCAGCCUCUCUCCCCACUGUCUGCUGCCAUCCACGCACUUCUGAAGACUGAGAGUCAGCUACAAGGUUUUACAUAAAAUUGUGACAGCCAGUGGGUGAUGCUUCCUCACUGAAAAUGUACUCCAAAAACCCAAGAAAUUACUAUGAGCCUUGACUUUGAUGAUCUCUAGGGCUGGCUUUAAACAGGAUUUGUAAGAAUGAAAUGUCAACAGUUGUGGGGUUUGUCACUGAGGAAGAUGGAGCCUAUGGCAAGCGACAAAAAUAGAGUCUCUGAGCAUAGGCUGCAGUUUCCGGAAAAAAAAAUAUGCUGGUUCGGAGGGCUUUGUUAGUUUUUCUGAAUAAGUGAUUAGUUUUACAGAGUUGCCAUAGUGCAUCACCUCAUUCAUACUUCUUAUUGGCAGCAUUUUCAAGAGGGUUUUUUGCUGUGGGUACACUCAUAUUAGCUUGUAUAGUAAAGCUAGUGCAACGUUCUUGUUUCAAAUAAUGUUGCAAAUGCAGAUAUUUCUCAUUUAUCAUGUGUAUCAGUAAUGACUCUUAAAGAAAUUAUUAGGUCCUCUGCUGGCACCACCAAAUGUAGCUCUAGGGUUUAGAUUUCACUACAAAUGCAAGUGUCAGUGAUGGUGUACAAGAUGUGAAAUGCCUCAAACAUAUUCAUAGUCUUCCAGGUGAGUGGUGUAGGAACUUCUCUCCUGACACACCAUACCAAACAUCUUGAUACUGUCCCAUUAUUCUGCACGUUGUGGAGUUGCAAGUCGAAAACAAAACUUAUAAUGUCAUUUACCUUGAAAGUUGUCUGUAAAGGCUCACGGUCACUGUAAGGACACUAAAAUCACUUCCACAUACACCAGCAUUUCAUAGUCCAUGUUGAAACGCAUGAACACAUGUAGAAUUUAACUGCAAAUGCAUAUUUUCUGUGUGUUCAUGUGUAUGCUUGUGUAUAUAUAAACACAUGCGUAUGUAUAGACAAAAACAAAUAUUUGGGUCUGCAUUACUCCCACUCACAUAGAGUUUAGUUGUACCUAUGUAAAUUCAAAGUAACUUCAUUACAUCAUUUGGCUUUGCAGGAGCUGCUUCAGAAAUACCACUUUAAGUGACAGCAUAAUUUUGUCGUUUAAUUUAUAGGAACUUGUUUACACAAUUUAUCAUAUGGACUGUGAAAUUUUUAGAUAGUUUAUCCUAUGAAACAUACUCAUUGACAGUCAAGCAUAAAUGCUUUGUUAAAAUCCCAUCAGAUAGAGGAAAUAAUGUACUGAAUUCAAGUAAGUUGGAGACAGUAUAAUACUCCCGUAGAGCAAUAAAUCAUUCAAUUACUGUUGCCAGGUCAUCUGUCUAACAUAAGAUGAAACAAGAGAGAUAUUGUAGGGAAGACUAAAGGGAAAGCACAAGGUUUGGGUUUGCUUAGUUUAUUUCAUAAAUAUUAUGUGCCUCUUCAUAGACUUUGCUGGUGUCAGCAUAUUCUGUAAAGUGUCACUUUGUGCAUUACAGAACUCUUGGCUGAAAUACCAGUACCCUAUGAAAAAACAAGAGGAGUCACAGAACUUCUUUUCAUCCUAGUAUGUGUCUAAUCAGAGAGAGUUAACAUUUUUAGAGCACUACUAUGUCAGCCAGUUUACAUCAUAAAUAUGUUAUGCAAAUAUAAAUUCAUUUGAACUGAACUGUACAAGGUCUACACUGUACUAUGACACAUUGAAGGCCAAUAUUUUGUUUUGUAAACUAUAACAUAUGUAUAAUUUACCAGUUGUAAUCUUAAAACAUUUGGUUCUGUGAUUUCAGUAAAAGUAAUAAAUAUAAACUGUAUCAUAGGUCUAAAAUAUUUGUCCUGUAUGGUAUAUUGUUGGCCACUUGUGCCCCGCUAGACACAGAUGAGCAUAAAGAGAUUGAGCUCAUCCCUAUGCUAAGUAAGUCAUCAAUGUUCUUUCAAUAUGUAAACAGUGCACUUCAGCUGUGGUGGGGUGGAGUUGUGUCAAAGUGUUUUUCUGAGUGAUGAAAUAUAAUGGGAAAGAGCAGAGAGCGGUAUUUGGCCCCUCUCCAGAGCCUUAGAAAAAGUUCCUGUUUGCUGCAGUGCAGAAAGAUGGUAAAUACUGUGUAAAAUGAUCUAAGAAUAGUAAGAACCUGCCAGAAUGGAUAAUGGCAGAGUGCAAUGUGUGCAGAUGUGCUGGUACAGCAUAUGUGUCUAAGGAACAAGAACAGUAACUAGGGGAUUGGGCUAGUGAGACAGAGUUAUAUACACACUUCACCCCAGUGAAGUGUGGCUCUUAAGAUGGGUUAUGACCAAGAUUUACUUUUCUAAUCGAACUGUAUUGUUAUGCCUUAUAAUUUACCUUUCAUGCUGAUUUCUUCCUUAUCCUUUCUCAUUCCACAACACUACGUUGGAGUUUUUCUUGUUCCCUGAAAAUGAUGCUUUCUUUCCAAAAGUGAGAGCAAACUUGUCCUGUUUAAAUCUUACCCUGAGUGUGUGUCUAAUAUAUUGAUGGUGAUUUAAGAAUUUUGGAUUUUGCCUUUUUUUUUAAAUUGUUUUCCCUUUAUUUUGUUUUACAAAUUGUAAAUGAAAUUUGUUCUUACUUACAGAAACAACUUAUAUAUACCUAGGAAUAACUUUACUUUCUAGGUUCAAACAACAGCAGUGAAGCUUUACAGAGCUGCCAGUCACUGUAGAGAGAUCCAAAGUCUUCAGAAAAAUUUGUCUAAUAAUCUAUUAUAUUACAUAUAGAUCUGCUUGAACCACAUUACAAGAGAGCUGUCCUGCUAAGUGCUUGGUACAGUAUAUGUCUAUAUAUAUGCACAAUAUUACAUAUUUGUGAUAUUACUGUUACAUACUCUAUACAUAUGUAAAAGUGUUUCAGAAAAUCUUGUUUAUACGUUUACACUGGAUGUCUUCUAUGACUGGCCACUGCCCAUCAGAAAGAAUAAAGUGGUCAAGAGCAGUGAAGGGCACAGUUAAAAACUUGUACUAAAAGGCAAUUUUACCAUUUACCCUUACCCUUUAGGGAGACGAUUAAUCUGCUACACUCUUCAGUAAAAAUUGUCUAACAGGUGUUCAUCACCCUCUGCAUCUUCCCACAGCCAGGAUGCUGUGGCAGAGCAAAACCUCUACCAACUCCUUGUCUGCUUCUGCCCACCUGCAGCUAGAAAUAGCAGACAUGAGAACUUGCAACAGCUUAAUCCUCUACUUCUAGAUAUAUUUUCCCUCUUAGAGAACUCCACAGGUGUUAUCACCUCAGAGAUACUUCAGUACCUCCUCUGUAUGUUUGUCUGCAUAACAAGCUGCAGUGUCACUGAGUGAUUAUAGCAGGUCCUAUCUUCCCAAAAUUCCAUUUUUAUUUCUCAUUUUAGAGUUUGCAGUAGCUCAGAGUAAGCGAUUACUGGGAAUGGAAGCCUGUUCACAUGAAAAAACAAAUAGAGCAGAGAUAGACUUUGUUAAAUGUCCAACACUGUCAUAAUCCCAUUACUGUGCAGGGACUGUUCUGUAUCAGAGAGAUAAACUCAUUCUCUCUUAAUGUAUUUUCCAUCUCUUCAUAAUGUGACAUUUCACCUCUUCAGAAACUACAUGUAGUUAUGUAUGAGGAGGGAGACUUCUAUUCCUAAGACUCUGAACUUGUAGACCCACCUCUCAUUUUUAGGUGGGUAUGCAAGUUGGAUUUGAUCCAAUUUCAGUCCCUAGCUAAACUUUUAAAAAAAAAAAAAAACACAUUUUUUUGAAACCUCAGUAUAUAUCAAUAAUUGAACUAGAAAAUUUUCAAGUCUUUCCACAUUGCUUAUACUGUUACCUCCUCCUUAUGCUGUUCUUUGUGAAGUUUAACGUAAUACCUUCAUCAUACUUACACCAUUUGGCAUUCUAAGCUGACCCAAGGACAGGGCUGGAGAGGAACUGUGUGUGGAAAAAUAAUUUAACAAAAGUCAAGGAAAAAUUCUUAUUUUCCAUACUUGGAGGACUGGGGAGGCAAUCUCUUUGCCUUCCCUCUAUUAUUCUGGGAAAUGUUUGUCUAAGUGAAAGUAGAUGAACAUCAUGUGCAACCUAAGGAUGAGCUUCUCAAAGAGGCCAUUGUGGCCAUUGCCACCACAGCCUCACUUCUACAAGUGUUGCUAAACAAAUACCAUUAGACAGGACAGUUGGAUGUAAUUCCAGAGAGUGCACAUGCAUUUACCUGUAGGAAAGAAAAAGAUGCCUCAGAAGGCAUAAGGGAUAAGAAGUGUUGUAUUCUGUAAUCCUUACUAGCAUGAAUGCAUUUUGUCACAGGAAACUUGUAAGCAUGUAUUUCUGUCUAGCUAUCAUUUGGUUCCACUGUGUGUAUUUAUGUUAUUUCUUACAUCUAUUCUUCUACCUCACUAAGACUUUACCUAAAGGACCUGAAUCUGCAGAACUAAAGCCAAACUCUCCCACACAUCUCUAACUGCAUAAGCCUGAGUUGCUGCUAACCAAACUCACGUUAGUAGCAAUGCUUCCCAGUAAAUUGUGACUGCUGUCAGUUGGGUGUUAAAGGAACAGUGUUCCCUGCCCUUGUAGCUCCAGGAGAAGAGGCGAGUCAGGGGGUGAGCCUAGCAGCCACACGAGAGCCCUGCUGGCAUCAACUCUCACAUUGUCUUGAGGGGUGAAGCAGAUUGAACUUUCAGAUCCUGCAUGUGUGCAAGGACAUGCCUACCUCUAGCUCACAUGAGUGCAUCACAGAGUUGUGCAUCAGAAAUGAAUUCUUUUCAUAGCACCAGUUCUGCUAGUCAUCUUUUUUUCUCCUUAUACCUUUAUGGUGUUACUUCAAGAGAGUGCAGUCAAGAUGGAUUUUAUAUUUUUCGCUCUGGAGGCACUGAAGUCCUCACUCCUUUAGAGUCUGAGUUGCUGCGGUAGCAGAUGGUGUGCCUGGGCCCUCUAUUGAUGGGAGCUGGGCGUUCUCAUGCCCACUGAUAAUUUCCCUGUUACGAUCUGUAUGCCCUAGUGAGAUUUGCAGAUGUAAAUUCUGCCCUAGCCAUGCCAGUGACCACAGAAGGGCCAUACGCAUGUGUUAGCGCACAUAAAGUGUACAUCCUUGCAAAAAAAAACGUGCAAAUUGCCUUCAAUCGGCAAUCCAGCAGAAGCCCAUUAGAAGCAAACCCCAUGCAGCCAUAAAGUCAUGAAGGUACCCCAGGGAAACAUCUGCUUGGUAGGCAGGAAGGCACUGGGGCAGUGAACACCACUACAGUCCCAUAGUGCCUGAGAGCAUCAGGUAACUAUAACAUCUUGAAAUAGUUGAAAGCUGGCAGCUGGCCACCUAGGCAAUUGCUUAGAUGGCAGCUAGCCAACAGGUUGGCAAACGAGCUUAGUUACCUAGUAAAGGUGGUCUGUAACUAAAGGGUAAUGAAAAUUAUACUGGAAACUUUCAGAGCACUUUAAAGUGGUCAAUUUAAGACAGGGCUCUGCCCACUGGAAGUGGUCCUUUGCUGAAGGCCUUGCUGUGCUAGGGCUGGUUUUGUCCAGAAAAAACAGUGUUAGAUGCAUUCUGUGUGGGCUGUAAGGAAUGUUUUCACACAGAUAUUUAUGUGGCAUGCUAGGAUCUGACAGCCAUCCAGAGGGGUUUCGGCCAAUAUUUCAUUUUAAAUAUAUGCUGCACACAACCAAAUAAAAGCACGUGAAAUAGCAGUGCUUCUGAGGGGUAACCCAAACGGCAGGGCAGCCACAGAGAGCGGACACAGACUCUGUAUGGUAAACCGGCGGCUAAAGAGGUAUAGGUUCUUUUGACAGGAAUUUGAGCUAUGAAAGGAUUUAGGGGGAAAUUACCAACCAGUCUGGCAUUCAAAUGCCAAAAUACACAGUCAGAUUCUUGGCUGCAUAAGCCACACUGUAAUGCUCUUCAGCUUCAAUUCAAAGGGAGAAAGGAAGUUGCAAGACUUUUCUGAAAACCUCAGCCUCUUCAUGUAUGCAGGAAAUCGCCAUCAAAGUGCUAGCCCUUCAUCAGGUUAAAAUGAAACUGUGAACUGUAGUAUUAUAUAUGAAGAACUUCAGAGGAGAAGAGGAAGAAACAAAGGAUAUUUUGUUUCCCUCUCCAUCAGAAUAAUUAUCAUUCAGGGAUGAGUUAGUUGUGUAGUAACUUUUUUUUUUCCCCAAAAACAGUUUCUUAAGGCCCAGCAGAGGCAGAACGUAAGACAAGUUGUGAGGUUACUGUCAAACGCUUUACCUCUAAAGGGCCUCUGCCUGCCUCAGCCUGCUGAAGGCCCUUCCAGUGUGGCUCCAGUCUCGAGUUCCUUUUCCUAAGAGCCUGCACCUUCCACUUCCUUUGGCCACAUUCAUAAUACUUAUUUAAAUCAUCACCUGGGUUGUUUUCAGAGCUAGUCAGGUUUCUAGAAAUACAUAAAUGAGGAUGCUAAAGACCUAGGUUAGGAAAAAAAACCACAAGUGGCCAAAAAAUGAAAAAAAUAGGAGACACAGUUACUUCUCACUUACAACUGAAGGAAAGUAGCUGAAUGCCCUGGGUUUGUCUGGCAUAGAGUUAAUUUUCUUCAGUUUGUCAUACUGGUCUGCCAAGAAGAGGGCAGAGAGUGUAUAGGAAGCUGGCAGAGGACACAGCUGCAACAGAUGACACAGGCUGGCCAAGGGGAUCUUUGAUAAUGUGUCUCACCGUGUUCAGUAUAUAACUAGGGGAGUUAGCCGGGGGGUGAGGGGAUUGCUAUUCAGGAACAGGCUGUGCAUUGGUUUGUGAGUGGUGACUGAUUGCACUGUGCAUUACUCACCUUGUAUAUUCUUUGGUUACUAUUAUUAUUAUUUUUCUCUUCCUUUUCUGUUCUAUUAAACUGCCUGUAUCCCACCCCACAAGUUUUACCUUUGUUUUUCCAAUUCUCCUCUCCAUUCCACCGGAGGGAAGGAGUAAGUGAAGUACUUAGUUGCUGGCUGUAGCUAAAUCACUACACUAGAGGACCACAGAAACUACAGCAGUAUCCAUAUGGCAAUAGACGGAGGUUAUUUUAGCAGUGUGAAAUGUUUUCUGAUUCCAACAGCACACAAAAAAGUACCAAAGCAAUUUGCCAGUGACAAUAAUGUGUGGUGUAAUGUUGAGGAUGAAAAACUUUCGGCUGGGUUUGACCCAGUAUAAACCAUCCCUGAGUUUGCUCCAGUAAUGUUGAGUGUUAGCCAACUGUAUCUGGGCUUUAAAUCUGAAUAGUAUCCAUCAUUUGAAUAUAGAUAAAUAUUAAAUUAUGUCUACACUUAGGACAUAGCCUUAGUGUUGACUUAAAAUGUAGCUCACAUUUCUAAAUCAUUUCAGUGAAUUUGUAAAUCACAUCCUUAAAGCUUUUGAAAAACAUAUUUUAUUUUUUUUUUCAGUCUGCUAUUUAACACUGUAGUGUGAUUCUAGCCAAGCCCUGAAAUCCCACGCAAGGCAGAUUAUGUUCAGUUCUCUGGCUGUCUACAUAUUUUCCUCCCCUAUGUACCUUACAAGCCAAUGCCUGAAUAUAGUGUAGAAGUGUAUCCUUAGCAUACACCCAAGAGACCACAUUCAGUAUCCUGUCACCCAUCAUAUUGAACUGAUUGAUUCUAUGAGGAUUGUUAAUAAAAGCAUUAUUUCAAAAAUG